AUGAAUCCAUUCUAUUUUACAGGAAAUCUCGGGGCGAAUCCGAGGCGAUUUGAUUUUUUUUCUAACAAUUACUUCUAUCAACCAUUGAAUUAUAUGAGAUUUUUUCAUCAACAAGCUAAUGCACGAUAUUUGGAUGAACUUCUGAUGGAAUUACAAGAAUUGAAUGAAAUUAAAGUGAAAUAUCCUGGAUUACUAGUGCAUUCACAUAUUAUUCUUGCUGCCGAAUUUAAUAGAGUAUGGAAUAUACUAUACAACAAGCAGUUCGAUGAAAAUAUAUUGGAAUCAGCAAUAUUGGACGAAUCUAAUAAUGUAACACUGCAAGAAAAGAUUGCAUUAUCAAAUGAGCAAAUCGCUAAUUACACAGGAAAUGCAAACAAAUUGCAUCAUGCAUCACUGAAACAAUUAGAAAAUGAAACAAACUGUCAAAUUUUGAUACGUGGAAAAGGAUCAUUGUUGGAUGACCGUCUAGAAACUCGUUUGAAGAAUUAUGCAGGUUGGGAGCAUUUAUCAGAACCACUUCAUCUACUAGUACGCGCAAAUGAUUCAACCAUUACACUGUGCGCCAUGAAGCUUGCAAAUGGCGUGCAACAUAUAAAGCAAUAUCUUAACGAGGAAGUAAAUCGAUAA